GGAGAAUUUUGAAGAAACAAACAACAAGGAAGACUCGUGUAAAAAGUGAUAGCGCUAAGUUCAGUAGCGAUGACUUAGAGAAAGAAUCAAGUUCUAUUAUACCAGUAGGGCUGCAUGGGGUGACUCCAAUAAAACGUCAUGUCAUACAGAGGCAGGUGGCUCCGUCACCAUUUGACCUGAACCUCAUCCCAAGAACCAGAAGUGUAUCAGUGGCCCAAGAAUUUUUCAGAUCCUUUACAGAAGAUGAGUCUGCCGAUUUAAAUAGGCAUUUUUUUUGCAGAGCUUGGUUUGUGCAUGACAAACCAUGGACAAUCAAGCUGAUGGGAAGGGAACUUUGGAUGGCAUUUGUGAAAAGGGGCCCCAUUUCAACAGAAUUGUUCGACGCAAUUACAAGGUUACUGCAAGAAGAAGAUGCAACCAUGUACAGAGAUUCGAGAUGUCAGGAACGGCAGUGGCGUCACCUUAUACCUCCAUGCUUUGGGGAUUUAGUUUACAGCGUACCGGGUGACGGAAUCGCCCAACAGAUCAAUGAGCUAUUCCUGGGUGCACACCUAAAUAGCAACGCUGAACAUUGCCGAAUGUUAAUGCUGCCAACAGCUAUUUGUGGUCACUGGUCAUUGUACGUGUGGGAUCUGGAAAAUCACAGAAUUCAUGUCAUGGAUCCGGUGCUAGGGAAGAAAAACCGGGAUGCUCAGCAUGCAGUACACUCGCAAGUAGUUGGAACUUUGCAUGAAAAAUUAUUUGAUUGCAUAGUGGAACUUUUCAAUGGGUUUAAUGAGUCUCGAAGGAACUACAAGAUGGCAUUCUACAACUUCGCACAUGCUGGCGUCGCAGCUGAUGAAGCAGCCUUCUAUGUUUGCCAUUACAUAAAAUGGUUUGAUGGAGAAAAAUUAAGAUACACUGUUGAUGAGACCACAAUUAAAAAUGCGCGGAUGUGUACCCUUUACAAUCUCCUGCAUAUGGAAUCCAACAAGGGGUGGACACCUGCGUAUAUGUCAAAGAUUGCCUGAAAUUAAAUCGGUGGUUGGUAGUAACUUAAAGCCGUUGAUAAUAUCUGGAUGUUGCAACAUCUUGGUCCAGUUUGUAGAAUAAUUUGUGUAUCUGGGUGUAAUGUGGAAGUUAUGAGGAUGUGGGUGUCUGAAUGGAGAUUACUGACUAAACCCAAGUAGUUUUUAAAACAAUUAUAUAUGUAUCGUACAAUGUGAUGGUCUGUGAACUAAUUCCACGCACACUGAUGA